AUGUUUGAUCAUGAAGUUGGGGAUACUGAAGCUCCAAGAUUCCAUGCCUCACCCAAAUUCAUACAGGCCCCAUCGGUGGCAGUACCAGGACUCACACUAGCAAAGGACGAUAGAAAAACAACAAAAGAAGAAUCCCGUGAUUUGAAAUUCCAGAACUUUGCUCUGCCAAAAAAUAGGUCAUGGCCUCGAAUCCAUAGUGUCACAGGCCAGUACCAGACUAUUAAUGAGCCUCUUCUUGAUGGCGGAAGGAAAUUAGCAGCAGUCCUCGAUGGAGCAAAAGGCCACACAGAUGAGGACUAUGAAGACCCUGAGCUUCAUAUGGUAGAAGCACGGCAAUCAGUGAAAAUUUUACCAGCCAGGCCUAUAAAGGAAUCUGAAUAUGCAGAUACACGUUAUUUCAAGGGUGCGAUGGACAUGCCGCUUUCCUUAGAUGCCAAGACCUCUAUCCCCACAGACAGGCAAACCUGGAUGAGGCUGGAAGAAGUGGAACAACCCAUUUCCAGGGAUAUCAGAAGCCAAGAUGUUAAAGGAGACAAACCCACAAAGGGAAACAAGACUCCUUUACCACCUCCUCGGCCGCCCAUCACUCUUCCAAAGAAGUACCAGCCCCUGCCCCCUGAGCCGGAGAGCAGGCCACUCUUGCCUCAGAGGUACACCUUUCCCGAAGUCCAGAGAGGGUCCAGACAGAUAAGCUUAAAGAACUUAAGUGAGGUCCUUGGAACAGAGAAAGUUCCUCGUCAUCAGAUGAAGCCUGAAUUAUCUCACCUGUCACAAAACCAAAGUCCUCAAGAGACUCCUCUUGCCAUUGCCAGCUCUUCGUUCGUGACUCACAACCACAGUGUACAAAGCAGAGAUCAUAAAGAAAGCAUGCAGUCCUAUCCUCCUCAGAGAUGUCUGUCUCCAGCCAGCUAUGGCCCUCUGGAAAAUUCUCUAUAUUGUAAAAACAUGAGCAGGAAGAAACCUUUCCCCACAAGGUCUGACGAAGAGGAUAUCCGGCACAACGGGUGGUACAUUGGAGAAUACAGUCGCCAGGCAGUGGAAGAGGCAUUGAUGAAGGAGAACAAGGAUGGCACCUUCUUGGUCCGAGACUGUUCCACAAAAUCCAGGGCGGAGCCCUAUGUGUUGGUGGUGUUUUAUGGGAACAAAGUCUACAAUGUGAAAAUCCGCUUCCUGGAGAGAAAUCAGCAGUUUGCCCUGGGGACAGGGCUCAGAGGAGACCAGAAGUUUGAUUCAGUGGAAGACAUCAUCGAACACUACAAGUAUUUUCCUAUUAUACUCAUUGAUGGAAAGGAUAAAACUGGGAUCCACAGGGAACAGUGUUACCUGACUCAGCCCCUCCCUCUCAACAGACACUUCUCACUUACGUAG